ACUUAGUCCAGAGUUUUGCUCAACUUAUUUCUUUACUUGCAAGUGUACACCGAACUUUUGAUAAAGAAUUGACUCUACAGAUCAACCAUCUUUAGAGGUUAGAAGGACAUUAGGUUCAAUUUAAACUAUACCAAAAGUAGAAAUAUUUCAGGAAUCGGAAUAGGUCAGGAAAUCUUGAGUAAACUUCACAGUGCUACAAAUCAAGAGCAAGAGGCUUGGAGAAUGCUGCUCCCGAACGCAACGAUAAGUCUGUUACUCAUACUGUGCUGUACUUCAUACUACAAUGCUGAACAAACCUGCCCUGAGGUGAAGCUGGUGGGUCUGAAUGACAAUGAGAGGCUGACAUUCCUCCAAGGGUGUCCAGGACUUCCUGGGGUGCCGGGGACCAAUGGCAUUCCUGGAACCCCAGGCAGUAAAGGGGAUCAAGGUCUUGCAGGGGGUAAAGGCAUGAAAGGAGACCCUGGAGUACCUGGGAAGAUGGGUCCAGUUGGUGACAAAGGAGUGAAAGGUGACUCUGGACCCAUUGGAAAUCCAGGCCCAGCAGGAAUCAAAGGGGAAAAGGGUGAUUGUCUAUCCUCAAUUCAAACAGGUGCUGUGAGCUGUAAGGAGCUGCUGGAGCAAGGAAACACACUGAGUGACUGGUACACGGUGUACACAGCCAGCAAGAAACCCAUCAGUGUGUACUGUGACAUGCACACAGAUGGAGGAGGCUGGCUUGUAUUUCAGAGACGUAUGGAUGGAUCAGUGGAUUUCUUUCAGGACUGGAAUUCAUACAAGAGAGGGUUUGGCAUCAAGCAGACAGAGUUUUGGCUGGGAAAUGAGAACAUUCAUUUAUUAACAGAAACAGGUUCUCAUGAAUUACGCAUCGAUUUUGAAGACUCUGACCGUGUAAAAACGUUUGCAAAAUACGAGUCGUUUCAAAUCUUGGGGGAAUCUGAGAACUAUAAACUCCUCCUGGGUGAAUUUACAAGUGGUACUGCUGGUGACUCUCUAACAUAUCACAACAACAGCUCCUUCUCUACUAAGGAUCACGACCUAACUGUACAUCGCUGUCCUGAUACUUAUAAAGGAGCCUGGUGGUAUAAUGACUGCCAUAAAUCCAAUCUGAACGGUCCUUAUAAAAACGGACCCCAUGAAACAUAUGCAGAUGGGAUCAACUGGCUGUCAGGAAAAGGAUACAAAUAUUCCUACAAGUACACUGACAUGAAAAUCAGACUCAAAUAA